AUGCAGAGAGCACCGGUACAAGAUGAAAUGGAAUAUCUACCGCAAGGCCUUGCCUCGCAUCCCAUGGUACAACGGCGGGCAUCCGUUUUUCAAGAUCUAAUUACUGUAUUCCGUAAAAAUACGUUGGGAAGAAUUAAUCGCUCUAGUUCGACGUCUGAUCCGAAUCGUCAUAGUCGUGAUGAUAUUUUUCAUCAUCUUGGGAGAAAGUGUCAGAAGAACGAAGUUAAUGGCUACCAUUACAGCGAAACCGAUGCGUUCCUUGGCAAAUCAGACCAUAGGGAUGAGACUGACGAGGAUGGAAAGCCUCUCACUAGACAGGUGCUCCUGGAGCGGAUACGGCAAAAGAAAGAGGUUAUCGGAAAGUUACGAUGCCAACCAUGGAGUAUGUCCCGCAAAAAGCGGACUUUAAAGCUCGCUCAAAAAUACUUGGAACAACAUGAAUCGCGUGUCUCCAGAACGCACCUCUAUAUGGAAGAGUUUCGGAAGCGUAUGCGCUUAUUGAAACGGCAUUUCUCAAAUAUCAAAACCUAUUUAAUACCAUGGGAAGGAAAAAUUAAACGAAUUGAAAGUCAUUUUGGUUCGGUAGUUUCGUCCUACUUCACAUUUUUACGAUGGAUCGUGUUUGUAAACGUGAUCAUUACAUUGAUAAUCUUUGCACUUGUCGUAUUGCCUGAGACGUUGGCUGACGCGGCAGCGGACGAGGCGCGACGUAACCGAACCCAAUCACGCAAGGAGAUCCCGGCAAACGAGCGUAUACAUGCAGAUGAAAUAGCUGUCGUUUGGCACUACGAUGGAUAUCUACGAUACUCACCACUGUUCUAUGGGUACUACUCGGACGAUGAAUUUCUAGGACAAAAAUAUCCGUUGCCUUUGGCAUAUUUCCUUGUCACUAUUUUCAUAUUUGCCUAUAGUUUUUUCGCCAUACUACGAAAAAUGGCCGCCAAUGCUCGCAUGUCAAAAUUAUCCGGUAGUAAAGCUGAGCAAUACAUAUUCAAUUGGCGUGUGUUCACCGGAUGGGAUUAUACAAUCGGUAAUCAAGAAACGGCCAGUAAUACCGUAAUGGCGAUUGUCAUCAAGUUGAGGGAGUCAAUUGCCGACUGUCGUGUAUCGCUCGGGUCGAAAUUUCGGUGCCUACAAUUUACAUUACGAGUAAUAGCGAAUAUUGUCAUCUGUGGAAUGCUUGCCUUUUCAAUAUACUGUAUUUCCUUUGCUGUGCAAAAAUCUCAAACAGCCGUUGAACAGGAAGGCAAUCUCUUCACAAAAAAUCAG